GUCAGGUCGAUUAGAUUACUUAGACGUCCAAAUCGAAAGUUAGGUUAGUUUUAUGAGCUAGUUUUGAUUUUGUUGAUUUGAUAACUUGAUUAUCCAAAAAACAAAAUAGGAACAUUAAUUAGACUAUUCAGUGUAAAAACAAUAAUGGCUUUAGUUAAUAGAGUUAUUCUGAAAUCACAAGCACCGUUUCUGAUGGUGAAACGUUUUCGUGGGAAAAUCAAUAUUCAAAAGCCCCGAAAGCCGCAUUUUGAAAGGCAGCUUUUAAUAGAUUUAAGUCAGCCUUUUUAUGGGCCUAGAAAAAACAGUUUGCCAGAUUUCGCCUUAUGUGAUAGAGGAGAGAAAUUAGCCAAAAAAGAAAUAGAUAAUCCUUUUGAAAGGAUUUUAGCCCGAGAGUGUCUGGAUUGGUUCAAUACAUCCAAAAUGGUGGUUUUCUUACAUGUCAAUUCUAUAAGCAUGGAAGACAAAACACCUAUAUUUGCAUCUCUAAGAAAAAAUGAUAUGCAUUUAAGGACUUAUGGUAAAAAGAUUGUAAGCAUGGCUACAAAAGGUACUCGUUAUGAAGCUGUGAACCACUUAUUUACAUCUCAACAAAAUAUAAUUUUUGGUCAACCGGAAAAUGCUGCUAAGAUGUUCAAAAUAUUGAAAAAGACACCACAGUUGGUAAUUUUGGCUGGAAUUAUUCAAGAUAAACUAAUGUCAAAAAAUGAACUAUUGGAAUUCAGCAAAAUGCCCAGCCUUGAUAUGGCCCGCAGUCAGCUUUGUGCAGUGCUGGACAGUGCAGGCUCCAGUGUUGUGAGCCAGCUUAACCAGAGCCAGCAGAUACUUGUUUCACAUUUAGAGAAACAUGUGGAACUUCAAAAUAAACCAAAAAUACAAGAUGCUGAGAGUUGAAUUUUGUGUAAUGAUUUUAAUUUAUAUAAUAAAUGAUAGUACUAUAGUUUUCAUAA